UCCACACCCUAAAGUCAUGAAAGUCCAGAUCUUGUUGAUGUUGGUCGCCCUCGCUGCCGCGGACCCGAAGGCUGCCCCAAACCCUAAGGCAAAGCCAGGCAUCGGCUUGGGUCUAGGGGCUCUUGGCCCCUUAGGGGGUCUUGGGUACGGCCUCGGAGGUCUUGGAGGACUCGGAGGAAUCGGAUACGGUCUUGGAGGACUAGGAGGAAUCGGACACGGUCUUGGAGGACUCGGAGGAAUCGGAUACGGUCUUGGAGGACUCGGAGGAAUCGGACACGGUCUUGGAGGACUCGGAGGAAUCGGAUACGGUCUGGGAGGUUUUGGAGGCCUCGGCAGUGGCUACGGGAUCGGCUCUGGACUGCCUCUGUACAGCUCCGGCUACCAGAACGGUGGCUACUUCGGCUAGGCAGAGAUUCGCAGCUUGGAGCCGUAUUGCUCUCUAAGGUGACUCUAGUCUGUAUAUGCUCCAAGGUAGCUUCAGUGACCAGAGCAGCAAUGAUACACACUACACACUGGAGCCAACUUGGAACAUAUUCACACUAGAGCAACCUUGGAACAUGCUACAUAUUAGAACCAGCUUGGAAGAGUUAAACACUAGUGGUACUGUGGACACACUAAAAGUGAGCACUGGGUGACGAUAUGGCCUACGGUGAGAACCACUGGCCAUAAGUAGCCGUAAGGGCCACUGAAUGGUGGCCACACCAGCUAGGAACCACUGAACACCGUUACAUAGGACAACAGCCAUAGAGACCCCUUGUAUCUCUGUACCUCUGUGGCUCGGCAAAGAUCUCAUCUACCGUCCUGUUCUUCAGUCAAUAAAUUACUUCAGCAUUCAA